AUGAAAUCUGGUAAAGUUUAUCCUGAAGAAAAACUAGACUCUGGAUUAGGAAGGCGAAAUGCUAGAGUUGAUUCAGUUCCAUAUAAAAAUCGAAAUGACAACAAUAAUUCUAAUAAAAAUGAUGAAUUAAAAGCAUCCGCAGCAUUAUUUCUUACAGAACUGGCACAACAGCUUACGUCUAAUACAAGCUCAUCUAAAUUUGUACUUCAAACAUUUUCAAGCCAAAUGCUAAGGAAUGGAUCCUUUUACAGGGCAAGAUUAGCCGGAUUAAAGGAUGAAGAGAUAGAUAGUAUACUAAGGAAAAAUUCGGUUCUAUCUGUAUGCCUUCCUCCAAUUUCUGCACAUGAUUACUCCUAUUUACACAAUGAAAAUCAAAAUCCUAAAUAUCAAGAGAAAGUUAGAACUCAUGUCAAUGAAUUAUCAGGAUACGUAAGAAAUCUAGAUCUCGAAAAAAUCAUGUUUCUCGAUAAAGCAAAGCAAACACAAGUAUUGACGUGGUGGAUCGAUUACCAGCUUGGCAUUGUAAAUACACGCUCAUCUCAAAUUGACGCUUUAUUAAGUAGCAUAGGUAAUGAUCUCGAAAACAUUGAUGAUAACCAAAUUAUCGAACCAAAUUUAUACACUGUUUAA